AUUUUUUCUUAUUUAUUUCUAUAAAUAGGGGUCUUAUCGUUUCUUCAGCUUUUCACUACAAAAUGUUUCCAAGAACGUAACUUUCCUCGCAAAAGCCCUCAAUGGGGGUCGCACACUCGCACAGUAAUGGCAGAUGCUUGAAUUUCUUACAGCCGAAACCCUUUUGAUUUUUCAGACAGCGUGAGACUUGUAGAAGCAAAAAGAUUCUGUCUUUAAGGGUAAAAGGAGAUUGUUGGGGCUCUUUUUCAAGAUUCAGUCUUUUCAAGUUGCAAUCUUUACUGUUGAAGGGAGAUGCUGAAAUUAUGGGUAAUUUUUCGCUGUAUUUUCUGUUUGAUGGGCUGUUUCUUAGCUUCUGGCAGAGUAAUCUUGAUGACCAGCAAAGUUAACAUAUCUUUUGAAGACAUUGAAGCUAAUUUUGCACCACCUAUCAAGGAAACUGGAAAAUAUGGAACGUUGGAUUUGGCCGAGCCUUUGGAUGCGUGCUCACCGCUGACUAAUAAAAUAAUUGUUAAUACGAAUAAAUGGAGACAUCACUUUGCUUUGAUAGUCAGAGGAGGAUGUAGCUUUGAGGACAAAGUUCGAAAUGCGCAAGAUGCAGGGUUCAAAGCAGCCAUUGUUUAUAACAAUGAUGACAGCAAUUUGGUUGCAAUGUCUGGAAAUUCAGCUAGUAUAAAGAUACACGCGGUUUUCAUUUCCCGAGCUUCAGGGGAAACACUGGCGAAAUACGCAGGUGCAAAUGACGUUCAGCUGUGGCUAUCCCCAGUCAAUGAGAACUCGGCUUGGUCCAUCAUGCUGAUGUCAUUCAUUUCUUUGCUUGCCAUGUCAGCAGUUUUAGCCACAUGUUUCUUUGUACGGAGGAAUAGGAUCGGGAGAGAAAGGCCUCGAUUUCCAAGGGUUCGUGAGUUUCAUGGGAUAAGUAGUCGUUUGGUGCAAGCAAUGCCGAGCUUGAUAUUUACGGCUGUUUUAGAAGAUAACUGCACUUCACAAACUUGCGCCAUUUGUCUUGAGGACUAUAAUGUCGGUGAAAGGCUCAGAAUUUUACCGUGUUGUCACAAGUUCCACGCCUCGUGUGUCGACACCUGGCUAACUUCAUGGAGAACAUUCUGCCCCGUCUGCAAACAGGACGUGAGAGCGCCACCUGGCGGGCCCCCAGCAUCCGAGUCCACACCUUUGCUAUCCUCCGUCUCAUCACACUCGAUCCUAUCCUCCUCGUCCUUAAGUUCAUCGUCCGCGUCCACAUCAGCACUACCGUACGACAGCCUGGCACCGUCCAGCCAAGGCUCGGUUGACCUCAGUCAAAGGUCCGACCAAGCUUACUUUCUUUCGGUCAACUCGUUAGGACACGACUCGUCAUCGCAGCCUCGUGGCUACCUGUCUCCUAUGUAUGUCCCAAGCGUAGGGUCCACGAGCCGCCAGCCUGGACAACAGCUGGACUACUGCGAGUCAACCGGGAGCUUUUCACCGUUUGACUCGGCUAACUCGCUUCCCGGAUGUUGAUAAAACGUGAUGAAAGCUGAUUUUGUAUGUUUUAGAUGUUUGAAUCUUGUAUAUUUUGUAGGGUUUUUUAGCAUGAGAUUUAUGAUAGGGUUGGGCAAAGGUACAAUUACAACUAAUUUAAGUGUGAUGACAUUUUGUUAAGGAGUUUCUUGAGAAAAUGAAUGCAAGAGAAUAAAACCUGUGUGUUUUGGAAUGAUCCUUUCCAGAUUUUAGGUCUGAAUAAGUAGUGUAAAUAAUUAUUUUAUAGUGUAAACUUCUAAUACUAGUAUUAAAUGUUGUAAAUAAUUAUUUUGUAAAGUAUAAACGUCUAAAACUAGUAUUAAAUGUUG